AAGGAGGGAGAGAGCAAAGCACCUGACAAAGCUGAACCCACACCGCCACGGGAACUGGCAAACGCCACCGCCUGCACCUCUCCGUUUACUUUUCCGGCGAUGUUACCGGAAGCGCUGGCGGCGAUACCACCACCAUAAUCUGACUGACUCGUAGAGCAUUGCGAAGCACCGGUAAUGGCCAUGGCGAUCGCGAAGUCUCAAUCGGCGGCGACGCGUGACCUGAAGCACAGAGUUCUCGAAUGCCUGAAGAAGCUCUCCGAUCGCGACACUCACUCCUCCGCGGCGACGGAGCUCGAGUCCGUUGCUAGGUCUCUCGCUCACGACUCGAUUCCACCGUUCCUCUCCUCCAUCUCCGCCACCGAUUCUUCCGAUAAGUCGCCGGUAAGGCGGCAAUGCGUGAAACUUAUAUCUCUUCUCUCCGAAGCCCAUGGGGAUGCGCUUUCUCCGUAUCUGUCCAAGCUUCUGACGGCCGUCGUCCGCCGCUUCCGCGAUUCCGACUCGACCGUCCGGUCAGCCUGUAUCGCCGCCAUCGCCUCCAUUUCCUCGCACAUUACCAAACCGCCGUUCACUUCGAUCGCGAAGCCCUUGAUCGAGGCUCUGGUCACCGAGCAGGACCAGAAUUCUCAGAUCGGCGCGGCUCUGUGCCUGGCUUCGGCCAUCGACGCCGCGCCUGAUCCAAAUCCUCUCUACUUGAAGAAGCUGUUGCCGCGUCUCGAGAGGUUGCUCAAAUGUGACAGUUUCAAGGCUAAGCCCGCGCUGUUAACGCUUUUUACCAGCGUGAUCGGAGCUGGCGCAGCUUCGAGUCACCAGAUAGUGAAAAAUUUAGUGCCGUGUUUGGUUGUGUUCUUAGGCAGCGAGGAUUGGGCUGCUCGGAAAGCCGCCGCGGAGGCGUUGAUGACGUUGGCCGCUGUAGAGACGAAUGCUUUGCUGGAGUUCAAGGCAGCGUGUUUGAAGACAUUCGAGGCGAAAAAAUUCGAUAAGGUGAAGAUUGUGAGGGAGACUAUGAAUCAAUUGGUGGAGACUUGGAAAGAGAUUCCUGAUACUUCGGAUGAGGUGCCACCUCCUCUUGAACCACAAUCAUCAUCCAAAGAGGAUGCUAGUGAUGGUCGAUACCCACCGGGAUCCAGAACAUCCCCCAUGGCUACUUCUGGAGCUCCUCAAAUAAGGAGGAAAAGCAUACCAGAUAACAGGUCAUCUUUACCAGAUGAUUCAGUUGUAACUACUGCCCAGAAGAGAAUUCCUCUAGACGGUAGUCAUAAGAAAUUAGGUCCAGCAAUGUUCCAAAAACUGGAUCGGAAAAAGCCCGCUGGUGUAAAAAUUGAAGUUGCCACCCCUGAUGCUCCCUCCAUGACAGCUGUUUUUGAGGAAGAUGCUGGUAGCAGAGAUGAGAAAGGCUUUGAGAAACCAGAGAAAGUGAGAAGUAAAUUUACAAAGGCAGAAAUAAGACGUGCUCUCUUCAACAAAAAUGCUGACGAGAAUAUGCUGAAAUUUGGUGGUGCAAGAGCUGGAUCUCGUGUGGUGCCAUGUCAUGAUGAGAUCUCAGAAUCCACUGUGGUAGUCAGCAACAAUACUGAGGAUAUACACCAAGACCAGAAAGAGAUGGAGGAUCUUUCAUUGAUCCGGAAGCAGCUUGUUCAUAUUGAAAAUCAGCAAUCCAGUUUAUUAGAUCUUCUCCAGAAAUUCAUUGGGAGCUCACAAAAUGGAAUGCGGUCUCUGGAGACACGUGUGCAUGGAUUGGAGCUAGCACUGGACGAGAUCUCCUACGACUUGGCUCUGUCCGCUGGAAGGAUGUCGAACACUAACUCUGAAGGAACCACAUGUUGUAAGUUACCUGGUGCUGAGUUUCUGUCUUCCAAGUUCUGGAAGAAAGCAGAACCCCGCCAGUCAAUCUCUCAUUUCUAUGCCUCUGGAGGGGCACCACCAAUGCCUGCCAUGCGAAACACAACCAAUCGGAAUAGCAAUGCUGAAAUAUUUAGUCUAGAGAACAGAAGAUUUCGGCUGCAAGGCACUGGUGGGUUCAUUGUGAAUCCUCUGGCUGAGAUUCACGGUGGUUCCAACGGGAUGUCUCAGGAUUCCUCAAAUAGAGUCUUAAAGAAUGCUCAAGAUGCCAUAUGACUUGCCGUAGCAUAUAACGGGCAAGUUUCUUCAUCAGGCGACCCCGCGCUGGCAGAGAGAUUGAGGUUUCACCCACCCAUUUAGCUGUGUGCAGCUGAAGAAGAUACAACCUAGCUAGCUAGUAAUAUUCGUAUUUGGAAAAUACUACGUACAGAAAGGAAGCUGUUGUUUUACUCUUUUGUCCACUGAAGCUGAGCAUUGGAUUUUCUAGCUAUAAAAGAUGGGGGAUAUACUUGAAGAAAAAGGGGAAGGCGGCAAUGGAAUGAAUGUCUUUGACAUAAAGCUUCUUCCCCUUGUUGUAUAGAGAGGAGAGGAGAUGAGAGGAGAGAAGGAAUCAUUUCUUUUUUUCUUUUUGGUCUUUUGAUUGUCUUUGCAUUCUUUGCUGUUGUGGAUCAUCAAAUCCUAAUGCUUAUUACUUGGGGAGUUGGAAAUGAUGGAGGCGGAUGGGGGGGCUGUGGUUGGUGUGAUGGGUGUGAUUAUAAUGCAAAGAAGGGAAGGGAAGAAGAAGAAGAAGAAUAAGAAUAAGAAGAAGAAAUGCUUUUACUCGAAGUAAAGGUAUCAAAAGUUGCAGUGCACGCCUCCACCCGGCCUUUGCUUUUUCUUGGGAGUCUUCUGGUUGAAAAGGGCUAUUAUGGUAACUCAUCAUCUUUUCAAGCA